AUGCCGUCUGGGAGCUGCCUCUGCGGCGCAAUCGCCUACAGCUACUCUGGCAACCCUGCCUCCAAGGCGCUCUGCCACUGCCUCACCUGCCGCAAACUCACCUCGUCGACCUCAGCCAUGACGAUCCUGCUGCCAACACCUCAAUUCAACUUACCCGAUACAACGACCUCGUCGGAACACUACCGGACCUACACCGCUGUGCACGAAACUGGGGUGGAACUUACCGCCCAUUUUUGCGCCAACUGCUCGUCCGUCUGCUGGAAGACUUCUGAGCAGGGUUGGCCAGGAUUUGUCGUUAUCUUUGCAGGGACUUUGAAUGAGGCGGAGGGUGGGAAGGGAGGUGUGGCUGAAGUGAGUCCGGAGGCGGAGCUGUGGAUUAAGCAUCGGGUGCCGUGGCUCAAGAGCCUUGACGGCGGUGAGGGAGAUGGAAAGGGGACUGUGCAUCAAUUUGAGGGCUUCCCACCGCAGUAA